AUGAGGAACUAUAUGUCGUCAGUUUCGAUGGAUCAGCCCGUGUCAAGCGGGCGCGAUCCUGUGGAGGCUGCCCGAACCGAAUGGAGAGUGUUGAAAGCUAGAUCAGGGUAUGCCGAAGGCUUGACGGUGAAUGAGGCAGAAUACCAUGGGUUGUUACUAUGUCUGGAUCUGUUGGAGGAUCUGGAUCCACAGCGUCUGGUGAUCUGCGGAGACUCAAACCUGGUGAUCCGACAAGUACGAGGAGAGAUCGACUGUAAAGCGCCAGGUCUGACACUGUUACGUCAGCGAGCCUUGGAUCGACUACGUACAUGGCCAGAUCAUGAAUUAUUGCACGUUAAACGGGACUGGAAUGGGAGUGCUGACAGCCUAGCUAGUGCUGCUCUACAGCGGCAAUGCGGGAUCGAGAUAGAGUCAGAUGCAGAGAUCCAGGAUCUCCUAACUUUAAAUAGGCUGGAUGAGAUCCUGAUAGUCGAAGAAGAAAUCGCACAGGUAUCAGCAGUGACGACCCGAUCUAAGGCUAGAUCGGGGGCACGUGUGGGAUCUGAUCCAGACUCCUUACGAGAGGAAGUCGUGAGAGAGCUACGGAUCGAGCGGAUCCGACAAGCGCAGGACGAGGAGUCGUGGAUCAUGGGCUUGAAGAAGUAUCUAAUUGGGGAGAUCCAGGAUCUGACACAAGAAGAGGCUAGA